UGUUUCCCGGUGACGUCAUGAUACUGGCCCGCGUUAGUGAAACCAUCGGAAUGCGACAACAUUGAUUUGAGAGGUUUACAGUUCUAUUUCGGAAGUUAUUCAUAAGUCGUUUUAUCAUAAACGUACAUUUUGGAUAAAUACGGCGUGUGCACUAACAGCAGCUCUUUACCUAUUUGAAACGCUGCGGAAAAAACUUCUUGAUCUCACUUUGGAGAGUCUUUCCUCACAGAGCGAGGCUGCCUGGGUUAAUUUUCUUCCUUGUUCUCAUGCGUGAUCGUGAAAUGGUAUCAGGUGUAUUCUAUCGCGUUGGAUAGACAUUCUGGUCUGAUGCCCAGCUGCCGCCAUGUUCACUAAGAAGAAGAAGCCCCGUGUCCAGAUCUCGGCGCCCUCCAACUUCGAGCACCGCGUGCACACAGACUUUGACGAGCAGGAACAGAAGUUUGUGGGGCUGCCGCGGCAAUGGCAGUCUCUGAUCGAGGACACGGCCAAGAGGCCCAAGCCCUUCAUCGACGUCACCGUCAUCACCACGGUGGAGCCCCGCAAGACCAUAGUGCGGGGUAGUAAGAUCGCUGUGGACGGCUCGCUGACAUGGCUGCUGGAUGAGUUUGACACCAUGUCGGUGACCCGCUCCAACUCCCUGAGGCGAGGCAGCCCCCCUAUCCAGCCCCGCAGAGACUCCGGGUCCUCGGGGGGAGGAGGCCAUGAGAACGGGGACCUGGCACACCGGCCACACCACCACCCAGAUCACUAUGGAGACAUCAGAGACAGGGAGCGGCCCAGGCCGGACCAGUUAGCUGGUGGAGACCCCCGGCAGCCCCAGCGGGUACCCCGCUCUCAGCGAGAGGACGGCAGGCCACAGCAGCAGCCCCGGGGCCAGGAACCAAGCAGCAGGCACCGAGAGAGAGAGCGUCCCGGCCCACCCCCUCCCCCGCCAAAGCCCAGUGACAUGGACCCACUGGACCACCACGACCAGGUAGUCCGCAGGGACGGGCCCAGCGACAAGAGGCCUAAGUCCAGCUACACGGGCAGGGACGGCAGCCCCCAGUCGCCCCGGGAUAAGAGGCCUCUCUCGGGGCCCAACAUCCGUAUGCCUAACCUGCCUGUCACAGAGGGGGUGAUAAAAACAGCACAGCAGAGCAGCAGGCCGUUCAACACCUACCCCCGCGCUGACAGUGAAGGAGGAAGGAGCCCCACCAGCCAGGAGCUGAAGCCAGCCAGACCACACGAAGCACCGCCACACAACGGUCCUUCUAGUGCCUCCAGCCGAGACGGGGGAAAAGCACCACAGAAGGGCCAGCUACGAGGAGACCCCCACCACACCUCCCACCCUGUCCUGGGCCCUGAGCCCCCCCACGGCCACCAGCAGCAGAAGGCUCCCGUUCCCCGCCACCCGGCCCCUGCCCUACCACCACAGCAGGCCCUAUCGCCCCAGAGGGAGCCCCAGCGGGUGUCCCAUGAACAGUUCCGUGCCGCGCUGCAGAUGGUGGUGGACCCGGGUGACCCGCGCACCUACCUGGACCACUACAUCAAGAUCGGAGAGGGCUCCACCGGCAUUGUGUGCAUUGCCACCGUCAAGAGCACCGGCAAACUGGUGGCUGUCAAGAAGAUGGACCUGCGCAAGCAGCAGCGCCGGGAGCUGCUAUUCAAUGAGGUGGUGAUCAUGCGGGACUAUCACCAUGACAACGUGGUGGAGAUGUACAACAGCUACCUGGUGGGAGAUGAACUCUGGGUCGUCAUGGAGUUCCUGGAGGGAGGGGCUCUGACUGACAUUGUCACACACACCAGGAUGAAUGAGGAGCAGAUAGCCACAGUGUGCCUGUCUGUGCUGAAGGCUCUGUCAGUGCUGCACACCCAGGGUGUCAUCCACAGGGACAUCAAGAGUGACUCCAUCUUGCUCACCCACGACGGCAGAGUGAAGCUGUCAGACUUUGGCUUCUGCGCCCAGGUGUCGAAAGAGGUCCAGCGGCGCAAGUCCCUGGUGGGCACACCGUACUGGAUGGCCCCGGAGCUCAUCUCACGACUGCCCUAUGGGCCUGAGGUGGACAUCUGGUCCUUGGGGGUGAUGGUGAUCGAGAUGGUGGACGGAGAGCCCCCCUAUUUCAAUGAGCCCCCCCUCAAAGCUAUGAAGAUGAUCCGUGACAACCUACCACCCAAACUCAAGAACUUACACAAGGUUUCUCCUCUCCUCAAGGGCUUCCUGGACAAAUUGUUGGUGCGAGACCCCACCCAGAGGGCCUCAGCCAAUGAGCUACUCAAGCACCCCUUCCUGAGCAAGGCUGGCCCGCCUUCCUGCAUUGUGCCUCUCAUGAGGCAGAACCGCAUGAGAUGAGAGCGAGCGGAGACCUCUCGCCCACUAAGGAGUAGUGUCACAUGGACCCUCAACUCCCCAAGCUCACACCUCGGACUCACACUGUUCUGGAGCGAGGAGGUUGGGGGGGGGGCAGCGGAGAAACACUGCCCAGCUCAUAUUAGCAUUUUUACUGGUCAAUAAUUUUUUUUAAAGAACCUUUUGAAAUGAAAAGGAGCGCUGUCCCUUUUCCUGUGGGAGAAAAGAUUUUGACACUACAAGGAUGUAAAGCUUGAGCGGUUUGGUGCAGAAUGAGGCUUGGAAAGUGCUGCUGGGGUGACUCACAAAAAACACUGUUAGCAUCCUAGCUGAACCAUGCUUCCACACUACAGGACUUCCUCACUACAUGGCCCAGACUCAACUCUAUUCCAAUAGACAGGACAUCAGAAAAGACUACUGAAGGAGGACCAUGCUUUUCUCUUACCACAUGAUGCAUCGAAGUAUUUUUUUAAUGAAAGUAAACACUUGGUUCCUGUUACAAACACUAAGCAAAAGUAGACACUGGAGUUGUGUUUUAGAUUAUUUUCUUUAUUUUUCUUGUAACAUAGAUAUAUCCGCUUUGUUUUCUCUAUUUUGUGAUUAUUUUUUGGGGGGGGGUACAGUGAGAUUUGAAGCACUGUUCUGAGAUAGAAGCUGCACUCCUGGUUGAUUCCAAUAUAUCUAAGUUUUUUUUAAAUUAUUUUUUAUUACAGGAUAAUUUGUUUCUUUUAAUAUACCUGUGUUUAAUAGAAUAUCAUGAUAAAUUGAACAUCAAGGCAGAGUUUCAGCAGUUUUUUUUCUAAAGGCGUGUUUAUACUUCAGGAAUUUAGCAAUGUAGAUUGUGCUCCCUGUAACCCCUCGAUCUGCUGCUGUAGACCUCAGCUGUUAGUCUAUAGUAGUGACAACCCUUAUGAAAGCCCCCCCCCCCCCCCACACACACACCUGUAUAUACAGAAAGUAUAUUUUUUGUCAUUUUUAUAAUGAUUCAUUUCUUAAAUGCCUGACCUGGCCAGUCUGGACAAUGGUUAUGGACUAUGUGAAUGUAGUGCUGAGCCACAAACUGGCUCUGUGUUUAAAGAUGGAAUCUGCAGUAGGGGGAAACAGUGCCACCGGCUGCCCCACCACCGUUAUUUUUUUGAUGCCGAGCUGAGGAGGCAUCGCGCAGCAUGGUAAAAAAAACAAAGCAGAAAAUAUUGUCCUCUUCUAUCGUGUGUGCAAUGAGGUGGGGGGUGUUUGCAGUUACUACUUUGUUGUAAUAUCGCAAAUGGACGUGACUUUCACCAUUUUGGAUAAGGAUCCCAGCUUUAAGGGCUUAUUAGAACAGGAAACGGACACACAAGGUGAAAAUCCGCGUUUAGCUAAAUAAAGUGUGCAACAGAUGCUAGAACUGAACUCUUAUCCACAAUGUAGCAAUGACAGGAACUGUAUGGCAGAAAACAGACCCACAGAUGCAAACUCAAAUAGUAAACACUCACCACAAUCACCCACACACACUUCAUGCAGGGCCCUACAAAAGUCUAUGCGGGUGGAAUCACAAAUCCAGAUAUUAAACGGAAUUCAAUAAUAUUAAAACAUUUAUUGAACUUUGGUAGGAAAUCAACUAAAUGUAUUUGAAAAUGUAGUUUUUAGCCAAGAUUAUUAUAAGACAUUAACAAAUUGCAUCAGUGAUUUGUAUUUUCCUUAAACUUUCAGAAGCAAAGGCAUGGUAAUGCCCCUGUCUGAGUGCACGUUUGUCUACCACUUUGUGUAGCCGUUAGCAAUGAUGCUAAUAAUCACAGUCUUCUAAAAAAAAUUAUAAUAAUAAUAAUUGUUCAGCAGACUGCAAUCACACGCUACAGAAACACAGAUAACCAGACAUGUCUAUUGGCUGGUGUACACUACAGCCAAAAAUAUAAAUUUCUUUGAUUUUUCACAGACCUCGAAAGUGAUCUCCUGAUGUGGUUUAAGCAUUGUGGUGGACUUAGAACAUCAAAUGCUGCUGUUUUUCUAUUUAUAACGUGAUUUUUUUGUUGAGAGCGAACACAUGAAAAAACAGAGGGAAACUUGGAAAAACAGAAUAUGGGCAAAAAAUCUAACAGAUAUUAUAGGGCCCUAUUCAUCGUUAGUCCUCAUUUUUCUCUGCGCUCCCCCCUCCAAUUCUAGUAGCAAGACGAAGAAGCAUAUGUACAUUCACCAUAGAGAGCAUCCAAAGACCACGAGGCCUUAGUGCACAACAGAGUAGCCAAUGUGUCUGUUCUGAGUUUCAGUGAGGAAAUCGGAACAGACUCCAUAAGUAGACACUAACACUACAUUGUGAAGUACUGUUGUUCAUUAGAUGUGUCAGAGGUUACUGUACGGUUUUAACAUUCUGUCAAUAUUCCAUAUUUCCGAAAGACAAGUGGACGUCUGUUAAAAGUGACAUGAUGAUUGGCAAGCCUGAGUAAGAUGUGAUCCGUCUGUGUUCCAUGUGUAAAAAAAAUAAAAAUAAAUGUUCUUCCAGUUUAGUUUUGCAAAACUGAGUGAAAAGAUGGGCUGAAAGAAUGACAAUCAAAGUUAGUAAUUCACUGUCUGCUUUUUCAACAAUAUUCUAAACUGAUCACUUUUCAUUGCUCGCAAAGUUUUGUAACUAUAUUUGUGCAGCAUUUUGAUAAACUAAUUUUCUAACAAAUACUAUUUUGAUACUCAUUAAAUCCAUCUUUGCAUACUGUAUAUUUCUAAAUCGCUUAACUAAUCAUUACCGUGAAGUGAUGGAACACUGGUAUUUUGUGUUUUUUAUCAAAUACUGUAACGAUGAAUGCAACAACAACAAAAAACAGACGUAUCAUUCCUCAAACUACAGAAUUGAAUCGUCUCAUUGGUUUCACUCACGUCAACUACAGUUUUCAGUGGCUGGUAUGAAACCAAUCACAUACAUUCCGCAGUUGGUAUUUGACAUUCCUGUAGCUUCUACAUAAUGGAAUGCCUGUCAAGGUUAGAACGGCUUAACAUAGUUUCCCCGGUUAUUUUGUGUGUUAAUGCCUUAACUUUCAGAAAGUAACAUGAUCAAUAUGAUUCCCUUUCUUUGUAAUUGCUGUUAAUUGCAAAUGUACAUGAUUUUACAAAUCUCCAGGAAUCUGUAGUGCCUCAGAGUAAACUCAUUGUUAUCGUUGGUUUGUGUUUGUUGAGAGGAUGCUCAAAUUCCAAUUAGGAGCUGUGACACCUACUGACUGGCCUACUUGGAAAUAUAUUUGUGUGAAAUUCUCCUACUUGUUUGUAUGAUCCCUUUACACUCUUUUUUGUAUGCUAAAUCAUUUAGGCGUCAGUAUUGUCAUGUUUGUGAUGGUUGACCGUUUUUCUUGAGUCCCAACCUCCCCUGGAUUUUUGCAUUUCUGCUGGUAAUUAUUAUUUUUUACUGCAAUUUUAAAUAUUUUUGGCAAAUACAGUUCUUCUAAAAAUGUA